AGCCAUUUUGGCUCAAGCCGCGCCUGGCCCGAAGUGCGACCUCGGGAGCAGGGAAGGGCGCCCGCGCCCCGCCCACAUGGCGCGCAACCUCCCUGCCGGAUGAUCCGCGCGCUCUCGUCGCUCAGGGCACCGCUGGCACCGGGCUGCCACGCGGUCUGCGCCGCCUGGUGGCGGCAGCCGUUCUCGAGCGAUCUCCCGCGCGGUCGCUGCUGUGGCAGCCGGGGCGCCCUCGCCUUCAGUCGCGUUUGCCUGGGGUGCGACGGCCGGGAGCCACUGGUGGAGCCGCUGGCGGGCUCGCACGAGACGGGCAGGCACGGCGGCUCCAGGUCCAGUUCUGCCACCUCGUGCGUCACGAGCAUGGCCUCGGUGAGGUCGGCGGUGGCCCAGAUCGUGUGCAGAGGCUGCCAUUUCCUGCGGGCGGUGCUCACCACGCUGGUGAUGGGCGUUCGGCUGGGCCUGUUCUCGCUGCUGCUCUUGGUGCCCUUCUUGCGCGUGGGGCGCAAAUACUUCGUAGAUUCUCGCAUCUCCCGCGGGAUCCGGUUCGGGGCCAGGCCACGGCAGCUGCUGGACAUCUACUGCCCAGAGGGCGCCCCCAGUCGCGAGUGCGAAGGCUACCCAGUGGUGGUGGCAGUGAUGGGUGGCGCGUGGGUGAUUGGUCACAGGGCCUGGAACGCGCAGCUAGGGCAGCGGGUCAUGGAUGCUGGUGCCAUCAUGGUGGCAAUCGACUACCGCAACUACCCCUUCUCCUGCGUGGCGGACAUGCUGGAGGAUCUCGACGCGGGGCUUGCCUGGGUCUUCCAGAACGUGGCCUCGUACGGCGGGGAUCCCACCAACGUCGUACUGACCGGCCAAAGCGCUGGCGCGCACCUGACGUCCUUGUUGCUGCUGCGGCGCAGCCUGCAGGAGGCCCAGAAUGAGGCCGACGAUCCGGAGGCCGCGGCCGCCUCGGAGGCCGCCGUGGAGCGGCUCGCGGCAGGCCCCCACGCCGGCGCGUGGUCGCCGCGGGACCUGAGGGGCUACGUGGGCGUCUCGGGCCCCUACUGCAUGUCCGCGCUGGCGCAGCGCCUGGAGGCGCGCUGGCUGGGCUCCUGGCUGCUCUGGCGGGUCUGCGCCGGCAACCUGGACGAGUGGUCACCGCUGGCGCUGGUGCAGAGCGAGGCGUGGCGCGCGGUGGGCCCCAGGGCCGCUGCCGCCCGGCUGCCCAAGAUGAAGCUGUUCCACGGGGCGAAGGACAAGACCGUCCCCGCCAGCAGCUCCGUGGAGUUCGCGGCGGCCCUGCAGCGCGAGGGCGUACAGGCCGAGGACUACCAGAUCCAGCUGCUGCUGCCUUUCCUGCGCCUCCCGGGCGGCGCCGUCUGCGACGACUGGCUGCGCACCCUGCCGCCGCUGCGCCCGAUGUUCCCGCGGAUGGUCAUCAGGCUCGCAUCGAGACUGAUGCCCUUCUGACGCCCUUGGUUUAGGAGGAG